UCAUCGCGAGCGGCUGCUUGGACUUGUCGCGAGCGCUCGUCUCCGUUUCCGCCGCUGGGGCAGGAAGAGAUGACGGGCGACGGAGGCGCUUGAGAGGCAGCCAGGCCGGACGACCGACCGACCCCACCGACCGCCAUGGCGGAGGAUUCGGAGCUGGAGAGGAAGGCAGUGGAAGAACUUCUAACAGAGGCCAAGCGUGGGAAAACCAGAGCAGAAACUAUGGGAGCCAUGGGCUGGAUGAAGUGCCCUCUUGCCAGCACAAAUAAAAGGUUUCUGAUUAAUACUAUUAAGAACACAUUGCACUCCCCGAAGGAGCAAGAGCAGGGACAAAACCAUCAAGAAGACGAUAAGGAAUCUGAACCAAACCAGAGCAGGGAGGAAAGCAAGCCAAAGAGACACAGAUCUCACCCAUACAAACCUAGCUUUCGGUCUAGAAGAAGGGUAAGCGCUUCUCCUCCUAGGCACCACCGGAACAGGAACCAGCACUCAAAGGACAAGCAUGAACAGCGAUCAAGCAAAUGAGGAGGAACCCCUGCCAUUCCAAGAAUGAAAUUAAACACUGAACUGGGCGGGUGGGAGUGUUUAACUAUAUUGAAAUAGAGGGCAUUGUUCAGUACAGAUGUCCAUGUUGGCAGCAGCUUUUUAGAGACAAGCAAAUCCCGCUUCUCAUGAACUUUCUUUGAGGAGUUCUUGUAUUCUUUAAAGUUGUCAGUGUAUUCCUUCUGUUUCUCCCCCUGCCCUCCAGUCUUCAACCAAUUAAAAUUGUUACUUUGUAUAGUUGUAACAUGUUUAGUGCUUUGCACAAACCAUUUGGAAACAAUUUAUUUAGACAAAUAUACACGGAGGUGUAUUCGGUACAUGGUAAGUUAAUUUGCUUCCCAAUUCCUUCAAGGAAGCUACUAAAUCUUAGUUUGAAAAAGCAAAAAACAAAAGAAAAAGAUACUCCAGGUACAGAAAAUGUGAUAUGCUUCUUGGCCUGCACCUAGAUGAAUUUGAAUAAGUUUACUGUGCUUGUAACCUGAAAAUGACUGAUGUGGCACCUGGAUAUUACAGAUAAGUAAAUGCAGGUUAGGCUAAAUGUAUAUUGGUAAACAAACUACCCAGACUGAGUGACUCUUGUGUCCAUGUGGGAACUCCAGUGCCCACAUGGAACUCUGCAUGAACAAUAGAUCCUCAUUCACUUCAAACUUGGGGAGAAGGCAUCAGACAUGUUAUCUGUUUGUGUGCACAGAAUAUUUCCCAAUGCUGAAGUGAAUGCUGGUACUCAUUUUUGACCUAGAGUUGUGUGUACACUUGAAACCUGUGAAAUCACAACUGUGGGCUGGAUGUGAAAUUGGCUUUCAUUGUUUUGCAUCCUUUGGUGUAAUUGAUGAUUUGUGAAGGAUCAAUAACGAAUGCAACUGCAUUGGGACAUCUCUUGAAUGGCAGUGGAAUGAAAAACAGCAUCAGAAGAGUCUUGAGGGAUACAUUUUUCAUCACAAAUUGCUGAAUGCUUUUGCAAACCAGUACAGACUAUUGCCACCUAAAGUCUGACUGCUGUCUAGUUACAGUUGUAUUGGUCAAGUUCUCGGUGUUUCCUUACCUGCAGAUGAUUGAUCCUUGUCAUUUCUCUAUUGUAUGGAAACAUUAACAUUUAAAUCCUUAGGCAAAGUUGUUUGUAUGGUUAAGCUGUUUUCAACCUUGGGUAGUUUUCCUGAGUUAACAUUAAACUUGAACUGUAUUACUAAAA